AUGACAAAAAAUGAAAACCAUUAUGGUAUGCCUUUGUCCACAGCGAGUGAAAGCUUGGAAUACUCCAAUUCAAUUUCACAGACCUCAGAUUACUCCGGAGUCUCUAGAAUUCUACCAAGCCCCAGCACAAGGUUUGGCAUAACAUAUUCAACUCUUAAUAAUCUACUGGAAUCUAGAGUGCAGGUAUUAGAACAGAACCAGCAGCAGUCUUGUCAGAUAUAUGGACAGUUUAAUAAGGCAUUGGAGGUCAAAGUACCAAGUUACUUCAUGGACCAAAAGAAGUUUUGCUUGCCAAUAUCUGGACAGAUAUCUAUGCAUUCUCAGUUCCCUUCAGAACAAUCUCAUGGGGUUGACGUGCCUCCAGAAAGUUCUGCACCUUUUGUCGGCUCUGAGGCAACCACCAUACUGGCAAAUUUAAAUAACCUGCCAGUUUUUUCUUCAAGAGAAAAGGUCUUAGCUUCUUAUGUAAAUUCCAAGAGAUCGGCAGUCCCAAUGGAAGACUGCCUAGCGUCUUUCCUUAAGCAUUUUCAUGCAACGGUGUGUGAUGAUGGCAGGUGCUAUUGUGAAAAUGUUCUCCCACUUUUAUCACAUUUUGACAACUGCCUCCAAACUGAUUGCCUAUUUUGUGCUUCUAGCCGAAUUUUGUGUAAGACUGUUAAUCUCACUCAGAAUUCGAAUGAGGUGAAGAAUGGUCUUAAACGGGGUAUCAAUAAUAUAAAUUCUAGUGGGCAUGGAUCUUGCUGUUCAGGUGAUAUAAUGCCUUCCUCAAAGUGUCAGAAGAUGGAAAAUACCUUUUAUCACUUUUCAUCUGGAGAUGGAAUUGGAUCCGUGGUUGCUCCAUUCAUGGUUCGACCUGAUGAUCUUGGAGGACUCCCACCACUGAAGCAAUUGCCUGAAUCUCCAGUAUCUAUUAAUUCUGAGUUUCUUGAGGCUAAUAAUGGACUGCUGAUGAAUUCCAUGGAAAAUCCUACAAGCUGUGAUCAGAUGAGGAGCAGUGCUGCAGAUAAUUAUCCCAGAUUAAUUUGUGAGAAUGUUUCUGCCCCUUUUAAGGGGCACAGCGUUGGUUGUAGUUCAGGGGAGAUGGACUCCAGAAGUUCUAGUGGGGUUGCUGACGUUGCGAAAGAUGACUGCAACAAAUUGAUGAUUAAUUGUAUGCCUAUUCUCCCUGGAGAGGUUGGCACUGCUUUUAACAAAGAGGAUUUGCAGGUCAUAUCUAAAUUUCCUGUAGCCAAACCAGCUAUAGAAAUUGAGUUAACUGCAACAGUUACUGAACACGAAGAAGGAAUGAAAUCAGAAAGUCCAAAGAUGAGAGGUGCUUCCUUAAUUGAUUUUUUCACAGCAGAACAGAUAGAGGUACAUGUGUCCAGUCUUGGGCAGUGGAUUGGCCAGAGAAUAGCAAAUGAAGAAGACAAAAUAAUAGAUCAUGUCAACGAGAAUCAAUGCCAGUUAUGUGCAGAAGAUAAGCUUUGGUUUUUCCCAGUGCCCAUAUAUUGCUCGUGUUGUGGUGCUCGUAUUAAGCGUGGGGUGAUUUAUUACACCACAUCAGAUGAAGAUGGCGUGCGGCCUUGUUUUUGUACUUCAUGCUUUAAGGUGUCUAGAGGUGGAAGGAUCACAUUCUAUGGAAUCACCAUUGUGAAGGAAAAGCUGCAUAAAAAGAAGAAUGACGAGGCAACUGAUGAACCGUGGGUUGAGUGUGAUAAAUGUAAAGGGUGGCAACACCAGAUAUGUGCUCUGUUCAAUGAUAAAAGAGACAUGGAAGGAAAAGCUGAGUACAUCUGUCCCAAAUGCUGCUUAAAAGAAAUGAAAAGCAAGGAGAAUGUGCCAUCAUCUAAGGCUGCUAUUUUUGGUGCAAAAGAUCUGCCUCGUACCAUCUUGAGUGACUUCAUAGAGGAAAGACUUUUUAGGCGUCUUAAUCAAGAGAAAGAAGAGAGAGCAAAGGUUAUGGGAGUGAACAUUGACGAGGUUCCAGGAGCAGAAGAUCUUGUUGUAAGAGUGGUGCUAUCUGUUGACAAACAGUUGAAAGUGAAGGAGAAGUUUCUAGAAAUCUUCCAUGGCGAGAACUACCCUGUUGAAUUUCCUUACAGAUCAAAGGUGAUUCUUUUGUUCCAGAAUAUUGAAGGAGUGGAUGUAUGCCUUUUUGGCCUCUACGUCCAGGAGUUUGGCUCAGAGUGCAGUCAGCCAAACCAACGCAGUGUUUAUAUCUCAUAUCUUGACUCUGUGAAGUACUUCAGGCCAGAGACAGAAACUUCAACUGGAGAAGCUCUUCGUACAUUUGUUUACCAUGAAAUAUUGAUAGGAUACCUUGAAUACUGUAAGAAACGAGGUUUUACAACCUGCUAUUUAUGGGCCUGUCCUCCUCUAAAGGGAGAAGAUUAUAUCUUGUAUUGCCAUCCAGAAAACCAGAAGACUCCGAAGUCUGAUAAGCUGCGACAGUGGUAUCAUUCAAUGUUAAGAAAAGCAGCAAAAGAAAAUAUUGUGGUAGAUUUUACAAAUUUAUAUGACCAUUUCUUCGUUCCUACUGGACAUUGUUACUCGAAGAUAACAGCAGCUCGUUUGCCUUACUUUGAUGGUUGCUAUUGGUCUGAUGCUGCGGAGAAUAUCCUCAAGAAUAUUGAACAGCAAACUGGGAUAUAUGCACAGAGGAAGGUGAAGAAAGUAAUGACAAAAAGAACUCUAAAAGCCAUGGGGCAUACAGAGUCCUCUGGUGGUAACACCAAAGCUAUUCUACUGGGGGAUGGUCCCAUUUGUGGUCGUAAGGAGGACUUCAAGGUCGUUCAUUUGCAACAUGUUUGCACACAUUGUCAUGAAGUGAUGUUAUCUGGAAGCCGAUGGUUUUGCUGCCAGUGCAAAAAUUUUCAGCUAUGUGGAAGAUGCCAUGAUGCAGAGAAAAGUCUCAAUGGGGAGGACUCACACUCCUUAAAUAACAGGGAAAAGCAUUUACUCUCUCAGGUGAGAAUCCCUACUAAAAUUACGGUGAUCACUAGAUUCGUAAUUGCAAAAAUGGCACAUCUGAUACCUCCUUCAUUCUUCUCUUUUCAGGUUAUGGUGAAUGGGAUACCGUCCUAUACUGAGGAUAAUGAUGCUAUUUUAGAGAACUGGCAUUUUGAGAAUAGACAUACUUUCUUGGGUCUGUGUCAGAAGAAUCAUUAUCAAUUUGACACCCUUCGCCGAGCCAAGCAUUCAUCAAUGAUGAUCCUGCAUCAUCUCCAUAAUCCAACACUGCCAGCAGCUGGGAAUAAGUGCAAAAUUUGCCAUCAGGGUACUGAUACACUGGAUAGAGAUAUGCUCAUCAAGAAGCACUGCAGGUAUGAUGAUGAAUCUUCGUGA